UGUGUGUGUGUGAAAGAGCGAGCGAGACCGGAGCGGAGAGUCAGCUGCAGCGCGCGAGCUGGUGAUCAUGGCGAGCGCGAGACAGAGAGUGGUCCUCAUUACCGGCUGUUCUUCCGGGAUCGGGCUGCGGAUCGCCGUCCUAUUGGCCAGAGACGAGCAGAAGCGCUACCAGGUGAUUGCCACCAUGCGAGACCUGAAGAAGAAGGACAAGCUGGUCCGGGCAGCAGGGGAUGCUUUUGGAAACACCUUGACUCUGCAAGCGCUAGAUGUGUGCAGCGACGACUCGGUUAGGCAGUGCAUCAGCAGGGUUAAAGACAGACACAUCGACAUCCUAAUAAACAACGCAGGAGUGGGGUUGCUUGGCCCUGUCGAGAGCAUCAGCUUGGAGCAGAUGAAGAUGGUGUUUGAGACAAACUUUUUCGGCACGGUGCGCAUGAUUAAAGAAGUCAUGCCUGACAUGAAGAGACGAAGAGAGGGGCAUAUCAUCGUCAUGAGCAGUGUGAUGGGCAUGCAGGGGGUAGUGUUUAAUGACGUCUACACGGCCUCCAAGUUUGCCAUUGAGGGUUUCUGUGAAAGCUUGGCAGUCCAACUGCUCAAGUUUAAUGUCAAGCUGUCUCUGAUCGAGCCCGGGCCCGUGCACACUGAGUUUGAGGCGAAGAUGAUGGAGGAGGUGGCCAAGAUGGAGUUUCCGGGCGCAGACACAGACACAGUGAGAUACUUCAAGGACGUGUACAUGCCGUCCUCCAUCGAUAUCUUCGAGGCAAUGGGGCAGACGCCAGACGACAUAGCUAGAUGCAUUAAAAAGGUGAUAGAAUCUAGCAACCCUCGCUUCAGGAACCUCACUAACAGCCUUUACACACCCAUCGUGGCCAUGAAGUAUGCAGACGAGACGGGAGGCCUGUCGAUACACACCUUCUACAACCUGCUGUUUAACUUCGGUUCCCUAAUGCACAUAACCAUGAACAUUUUGAAAUGCCUGACCUGCAGUUGCCUGCGCAGACGCACUGUGUCACCUGACUGAACACACACACAUUCCCACAUGCAUACAUCCACAAUGAACUGACUUGUGAUACUGACAUAAAUAUAUUUUGAUGCAUGUGAGGAUUUCAGAUUUUGUGACUCAAUUUCUUGUUCCUGUUUUCUCUGUUCUAAUACUUCUGAUCUAACUUACCAACUAACUCUUUUCCUUUUUUGCAAAAUAGUAUCAAUAGUUGCAGAUGAUGUAAAUGAGUGUAAUGUGUUUAAGCGAAUUAUUGUGUUAUUUAUGAGGAUUUAUAUUAUAUUGCAAAAUGGAGAAUAAAACAUGUCAACAAGGUAAACAAGACCGGCGUCUAAAAGUAAUCCCCUUGAGAUAAGGUCUGAAUUUUCGUGCUUAUAAUUAGCUGCUUUUAUAAACUAAUGAUUUGAGUGAAUUCUCUUGUGAAAGCCUGUUUAAGCUCGUAAUGUAUUUACUGUAAUACAGUCUCCUGAUUUGAAAAAAAUUUAUAUUUUUAUUUUGUAUAUGGCUAUUUAGAAUAAAUGUGAAUUUUUAAUGUUA